GCGCGGCUCUGUCGUCACACAUGCGCGCCGCCACUGUGGCUCGCAGGGGAAAGUAGGAAAGCUGUAAUGGCGAGCUCAGCAGCCUCCUCGGUGCGACCUCCGAGGCCGAAGAAAGAGCCUCAGGCGCUUGUCAUCCCCAAGAAUGCGGCAGAGGAGCAGAGGCUCAAGCUGGAGCGGCUCAUGAAGAGCCCGGACAAAGCAGUUCCAAUUCCAGAAAAAAUGAGUGAAUGGGCACCUCGACCGCCCCCAGAAUUUGUCCGAGAUGUAAUGGGUUCAAGUGCUGGGGCUGGCAGUGGAGAGUUCCAUGUGUACAGGCAUCUGCGCCGGAGAGAAUACCAGCGCCAGGACUACAUGGAUGCCAUGGCUGAGAAGCAAAAAUUGGAUGCAGAGUUCCAGAAGAGACUGGAAAAGAAUAAAAUUGCCGCAGAAGAGCAGACUGCAAAGCGGCGGAAAAAGCGCCAGAAGUUGAAAGAGAAGAAAUUAUUGGCAAAGAAGAUGAAACUUGAACAGAAGAAACAAGAAGAAGGAUCCAGCCAGCCCCAGGAGCAGCGGUCUAGUAGCUCUGAAGAGGCAUCUGGAACAGAGGAGGAGGAAGACGAGCCCAGCUUCAUCAUGGGGCGAUGACCAAGUCUGCCCCUGCAGCUGUCCAGCACGUGGCUCACGCUGUGUACAGAGGGCAAGGAGGGCGUGUUUGGCUCAGCUUCCCUCCCAUGGCCCCCCUGGAUAGAGAGCAAACGGGACCCUUCUGACCCACUCCAAGUCCUGCCUGUGAGCGGGACUUGGAGCCUGUGGUGGACGCAUGGCCUCCUGGACACUCGAGGGUGCCACCUGCCAGAGUUCCUCCACGUGCCUGCUGAAAGGGGAUAGUGCCUGACCUGCUGCUGCUGGCGCCUGUUCUUGCAUAUUUCAGCGGUGAUGAGUUUGGGGCUGGUUUCUCUGAAGCAAACAUUUACUUAGUAAAGAACAGAAAACCUUCAGGUUUUGUUCAGACAUGUGAAACACGAGUUACAAAUGCUGCAGGGAAGGCUGUGGAAUGGCACGGUCGCAAUGGGGGCCUCAAGAGUCAACAGGCCCUGUUACCUGGACCUGUUCCCUGAUGUGGUGAAGGAAAUGGCCUUGGCUUGAGGACUCACCAUGUUGCUGGGCCCCUGACCCCUGUUCCUUUCAGCAGGGAGCUCAGGCCGUGUCUGUUCCCGCCAGCAGCUGCCAGUGCACAGUGUGUUGGGAAGCGCUACGUGGUUGCACGGGGGUGUGGGCCAGGCACUUUCACCAGGCUGGGCCACAAGAAGGGAACCUGUGUGUGAAAAGAGCUGCGGGGGAAACAGUCGGUGACUAGGAAAACAAGCAGGAGGAGAAUCGGCCGGCUGAGCCAGAGUGGAGGGCACAGGGACUUCUAGCCCAGCUGGGGGGGACUGUCGGCCAAAAGCUACAUUUUCAUGCCAAGGUCAAAGGGGGUCUUAACAGUAAAGGGGCCAAGAGAGACUUGACUUAGCCAGGUGGCAGAACCCUCAUGACUGAAGCCCUUGGGGCUUUCCACUGGGUCACCAGAGCUGGGGAUGUGGGUGGAGAGCUUGGGCUGUGUGUCCUAAAGUGAAUGCAGCCCCAAACCAACUUCCACAGGCCACGGAGGAGCUGGUCAGCCUUUGACCUUUGACCUCAGGUGCUUUCAGGCCAACGCGGGCAACAAAGACAGUUUCUAUUUAGAGUCUUUACUCCAUUUUUGGAUAAUUUAUCUCAACUCCAAGGUCCUAAAUAUUAAUAUAUUUUGUGCCUUUUAUAUACUUUGAUGAAAUUAAGGAAAUCGUGGUUUUGAGUAAAGGGAAACCAAGCAACAUUUUACUUUUACUUCCCUAGUAUAGAUUCCCCUGGCCCCACUCUGAGUGACAUCUGUGGUAACUUCUGUCCCUUCAGACGUUCAAGUCACAGGAAUUUUUUUCCCCAGGAAGCUGAAAUGGAGAGUCACCCCUAAUAAAUUAGCACACACCCUGACCAUGAAUUUUGAAA